AUCCUGGGGCUAGGAAUGCAUAGCAAUCAGGCAGGCUGGGGCUCGCCUCUCCAGGGAGCUUUAUAAAGCGGGGGAACCCCAGAGCCAUGCCUGCUGGACCGGGACCUGAGCAGCUCUGCCUGACAACUGGGGUCCAGGGACUCACCUGCCCUUCUUAGAGCAGCCCUCAGCACAAUGAGGGGCUUCCGGCCUUUGCUUUCCCUACUUCUCCCUCUGAGUGCCUGCUUUCCCCUGCUGGACAGAAGGGGACCCACAGACAUCGGUGACAUCGGAGCCAGGAUGAACUGGGCCCAGCUGGCUGAGGGACAUCCCCCCAACUCGGUUCAAAAUCCACAGCCACAGGCCCUGCUUGUGGUGGCCAGGGAGCAGCAGGCCUCCCACAGGGAGCACACCGGCUUCCGUCUAGGGAGGCAAGACGGUAGCAGUGAGGCCGCAGGGUUCCUGCCCGCCGACUCGGAGAAGGCCAGCGGCCCUCUGGGGACUCUGGCAGAGGAGCUGAGCAGCUACAGCCGGAGGAAGGGAGGCUUCAGCUUCCGCUUUGGACGGUGAGGGCCUGCGUGGACUCUGCCCCGUCUGACCGUCUACUGUUGCCCCGGCCCCAACCUCAGGAACCCAGACCCGGAGAGAGUAUCACAGUGCACUAGUGGUGGUGAAUAGGUGUGUUCACAUUUUCAUUUCCAACUUUGCUAAAGUGAGAAAUCUGGGUGGUGUUCAAGAAAAAAAAAAAAAACCAAACAAACAAACAAAAAACCAAAAUGAGCAAUCCCCUCUCCUCCCUCCACCCCACCCUACUCCUGAAACCCUGCACACAGGAGGACCAAGCUUGUCUUGGUCAGUAAGACAAUGUGUCCUUAUCCUAGCCCAUGACUCGGGCUGCUGUCUGUCUCAGCCUCCGACUUUCCCCAGUGGUCUGACUGGAGCAGUCCCCGGUCCCCAGUGGCAGCGCAUUGAGGCUGUGCUGGGGCCGUGGAUACAACAGGCCUCUGGCUCUGUUGUUCAUUUGUCGGUAGGUGGACUGAGAGAUUACAGCUGGAAAUCAAAGUUCUGACAGUCUCCGAAGGGACACUGGUAGCUGACAUCUGAAGGGGCGCGCUGUGAAAGAGCGCACUCCGCUGUGUAUAAAAUGUGAGUCUGAAAGUAGAGAAAUGAAGGAGAAGAAAAUAACCCAGACACAAACAAACCCAAAACAGUCAGUGUGUUCUCCAUCCCAUUAGCACAAGACGCCUCUGGCAAGAAAGCCAGCAGUGGCACCAAGCUGCCCACUGAAUGGCCUGUGCAUCCCCUCUGGCUGCCCAUCGCCCCUUGUCCAUGGUAGUAUUAGCCAACUUAAGGGCCUCAUGGGGACUGAACUCUGAAAGGGUGGGGUUUUUUGUUUGUUUUUGUUUUUGUGCUAAGCAAGGUUGAGUUUCAAAUACCCAAACUAGGAAUUGCCAUGUGUAUCUUUUGAAAUAAAAGUUGUAACAACUGCAGCAUCAUAAUGGGAUGCUGGCCUCUUCCUUCCAGGUCCUCUGGGCCCCAGAAACUUCUUUUCUUGAGUUCCUGAAGCCUUCACUUUGGGGAGAUGGAAAUCAGGCUGCCUGUACCCCGUACACCUCUCCGAGCAGCCCCUUAAUUGGCAACUGGGCGAAGGGAGAGAAGGAACAGGCUGUUUCCCUCUCCACUUCCCUGUUCCCUAUGUUUCUCAGAACGAGUGUGAGAGGGAAAAAAAACGACAUCUCCACCUGGGGGAGGCAAGGGGAGGUGUGUGUAGGGGGACAGGCUCAGUCUGGGCUGUGUGCCGGCCUGGGGCCAGCAGAACAUCCCUUUCAAAGGCUGCCGAGUCUCCUACAUCCCAUCCUGGGUCACACACAGCCGUCAGAAGCAGCUCACUCCAGGGCUGGCUGUGACUGCUGAGAUGAGAACUUAUAUUGAUGUUUCUAUGGCAACAUCUCCCCUCCUCCUUGCGAGUAGCGGCUUGCCCCCGUUCACAAUUGAAUAAUUUUCCAUUGAGCUGUCACAAUUAAUUGGUGGAUUUUUAUUAGCCUUUUAGAACCACACUGGGCCAGGCCCAGCUUGGCACCUCACAGUAUUCUGGUGUUUUCCAUUCUAUUAGUGACUUACGUCCUCAGUAGCAGCUUUCAAUCCUCAGCAGCCAGGAAGCCACUUCAUUAAGGUUGACAGAUCAGAGCCACAAAAGGACCAUGUUGACUGGGGAGCAGGGCUGGGAGGUGAACUGAGGAGGGGGCCAGAGCCAAACACCUGACACAGUGGUGCACUGACUCCCCCCAGAGCCACCUUGGGCUCCCCAGGGGCCUUGCACAUGGGUCCUGGGCUGCAGUCACAGGGACAAGACAAGCACACUGUAAGGCACAUCACUCUGCCGUCCUUACCAUCUCAGGAAGAUGUGACGGAGGGUGUGUCCAGCAAAGGAAUGCUACUGCUCUCCUCUAGUGUGGACAUCAUGGGCACCACCACACUCCUUUGGGACAGUCCUGAGAACACAGGUCAUCUGUGGACACAGAGAGGUGGCUGUGGUUUCCCCAGCUCCCUCACCAGCCAGGGAUGCCCACCUGCUUCUGUGGGGCAGUACCCUGGCUCAUUCAUACACAUAUGAGACAGGCUGAGACAGAAGACCACAAGCCAGGGCUGAAGGGCACCCUGGAGCCUGGGCCCUGGCACCCACUCACGCCAUGAGGCUGCACACCCUCACUCACUCUGGGGGUAGGUAGGGCUCAUUUUGAGUUUUCGUCUUUUUUGAUGCUGAGGUUCCAGCUCAGGCCCUCAUGCAUGCUAGGCAAGUGCCCUGGCACUGGGCUUCACCCCGAGCCUGGCAGGUUCUUAAUUUAGCAGGAUUAGAUUAACCUCGACGGAGAGGGCUGAGAUGAAGGGGGAGGCCUUCAAAGGAACGCAUCUGCUGUCAUUACCUUUAAUCAUUAAAAGAAAACC